AAACAUUAAUUUUGAUUUAUAAUAAGAACAAUUUACACACAUUUUUGACUUUGAUAAUCUAAAAUAUCUACGCAUAUUAUACAAGCAAGGGAAGUUAAAUGAUUUGGAGAUUUCAGAAAAAGGAAUGAUAAAACUUUUACUCCAUUUACGUCGCCGAGGCUAUAAGAUCCACGCUAUGCAUACACCGAGGUUAAAUAGCCUGGUAUUUUAAGUAAUCAGUUUCUUGACGGCUCGCGGGAGGAUUCACGCCAAGUGAAGAUUAGAAUUCGACACGUGGCGACCUUGCCGUGUGGUAUCAGUCAUUAUAUGGUUCUUUAUAGAGGUAGCCGCGUGUUGUGACCAUUGGUUUCUAUGGUAGCGAGUGACCUGGUCAAUUCACCACGUGGUCAACUUUGAUUUAGAAUCGAAAAUUUGGGUCGUACUUUAAUGGGGCUACACACUUUAGAAUACGGAUCUAACUAGAUAUCUCAUAGCGACCUGUCUUCUCCGCGCUCGCACUCAUUUAAAUCGAUAUUUUCAUUUUCAUUCUUAGAUCUAUUUAUUAUUGCAUCGUGUUGCUUGAAACGUUCAGAUAAUAUCAAAAACUGUUAAUUAUCUUCUAUCUUUAUCAUAUAUCUUAAUUACAUAUUUUACACCCUGCUUAUAUAGCACUUAUAAUCAUUUAAAGUUUUAAAAGUAUCACCCUGUAAGUUCACAAUAAAAUGUUUACAUGAAUUUCUUGUAAGCUCCUAUAGUUUUACUCGAGUAAAAAAGAAUUGGGCGUUCUCUUCGACGCGAUGACUUCGAUCCGUCGAGAGGUCCGAGGAUGCCUUCGCGGGUAGGUGCCAAAGACGGGCAUGGACACUAAGACACCGCCAAUCCCGCAGAAGCCGCAGGAGAAACCUCAGCCUCAGAAAAGAACGAAACGUGUCGCCGACGUGUCCUUGCCCCCACUGACACCGCAUUCGAAUCAUCGGAAGGACAGAUCGCAUCAGGAUCAUCGCAAGAAGAGAUCCUACAAAGUUCUACACAUUGGCGCUACGCCUUUGAUGCACGCCUGUCAACAGGGCGACAGAGCGAGAGUAUUGAGAUUACUGAAGGAACAGGAGGAAACGAUUGCUUACAGAGAUCGCACGCUAAGAAACGCUCUUCAUUAUUGCAUGGACGCGGGAACCGGAGGUGCGGUCGCCGCGGCGGCACCGGAAUUGGUGAACGCCCCGGAUGCCGAAGGUCACACGCCACUUCACCUGGCGGUUAUCGCCGGUGACACCCAGCUGGUCGCGAUUCUCUUGGCGAACGGUGCCGAUGUUAACGCCAAAGAUAACGAAGGACAUAGCGUUCUUCAUUGGGCCACCGUCUGCGGAGAAGCGGAGUGCGCUCGAUUAGUUUUGGCAGCUGGUGCGCAACCUUCGACACCCGAUUUACGCGGUGGUUCUCCGCUUCAUUACGCUGCCCAAUGUUGCGGUGCGGCCGCAACAGCCGAGCUCGCGGUUCCCAAAAAGGUCGGCUUGAAGGUGCUGCAAACGCUCCUGGAAUUCGGAGCGGAUGUAAACGCGAAGGACGAGGAUGGACGACAGCCGAUCUUGUGGGCGGCGAGCGCGGGUAGCGUGGAGGCCAUAUUGGCUCUGGCAAGAGCCGGAGGGUCGGCGGCCGCGGGCACGUCGGACAAAGAUGGACUAACAGCCCUUCAUUGCGCGGCUUCCCGGGGCCACGCGAGAUGCGUGGAAGCGUUGGUCAACUUGUGCGGAUCUCAUCCCGAUCAUGUGGACGAUAACGGUUGCUCCGCGUUACACUACGCCGCCACUUUGGGUCACGCUGAUGCCACCGCACUUAUUCUUAAACUCGGAGCAGACGCCAAUCGUCAGGAUCGAAAGGGUAGAACGCCGGCACUUUGCGCCGCGGCUAAGGGCCAGUUGGAAACCUUGAAGAUCCUGAGUCAACAUGGUGGUUCGCUUCACGCGAGAACCGUACGAGGUACGGGGAUCGGACACGAGGCCGUCGCAUCCGGUAGAAUCGAGUUGAUAAAGUGGCUGACCAAGAGAAGACCGAGUACACUGGAUGUCGCUACUCAUGAUGGCAAGACGCCUCUCCACGUCGCGGCCUUGCACGGCUAUUUGGACGCGUGCAAGAUCCUUUUGGAUCACGGCGCGAGAAUCAACGCUGUUCUCCGGACCAGCAAAGGCAACUCGAUGACCCCCCUGGACGCGGCUCUCUACAGAGGAUACCGAGAUUGCGCGAAAUUAAUCCAGAUGCAUGGUGGUAGCACGGCGCAACAGUUGAGGGCGCAAAAAACCGCACCGAGCAAAGUUUUCACAGCAAAGUUUCGAAUGAAACAUAACGAGAGUAGCUCCGCGAGCGACAGUAGUCCUUGUAGAAAGGGUCGAGGACACAGACAUCCCGAGCUCUACUACGAGGAACGAUGGAUAGAAAGAAGAACGCGGCGGAAGAGUAAUUCGAAGAAGCUUGCUCGUCGGGAUAGUCGAAGUUUCAGCGAAGAGGAAGUGCGACUAUCAAAGGUGUCCUCAAAGAAAGAUGAGAGGAGAGCUAGAAGCGAAUCCUCGCGAUACGACGAUGAUGGCAACAACGAGCGUAAUUUCCGAAGAAAACGAAGCAGAAGAGUAUCAAUGAGUCACAAACACGAAUAUUCAGAUUCGUCGACCGAAACUGAUAGCUGCGACUAUUCUCACGAUGACGAUGAAAAUGAGGAGAGAAUGCAGCAAAAAGCAAGAAAGGACACGAGUAAGAGCUCUAACGAAACGGCAGCGAAAGACACCUCGAAGAAGGAAGAAGACGACGACGAUCAAAGUGUAAGUGACGACAGCUUAGAAGUAAUCGUGGUGAAGAAAUCGCUGGAAAAGAAAAGCGAAAAGGUGGUAUCCGGAAGAAGAUCGAAAACACCUAAAGAAUGCACGAAGAAGACAAAGCUGACUAAAAUGCACAAACGUAGCUCUAAGAAGACGUCCAGAUCCAAAUCGAGAAUAUCCGAUGAAAAUAUAGUGGAUCAAGAAUCGCCCGAUAAGAAAGAAAAAAGCACGGCGAUAAAAGAGUUAGAGGACGAAGUUGAUGAGAGGAUAAUAGAAUCUCGAUAUCGCAGAGACGCGACGGAUAGCACCAGUCAGGAAACUGUAGAACGAGUGAUCGUCACGGCGAUGGUUCACAAGGAUCAAAUGCCCGACACCCCGAAAUCAACGUUAGAAACAACGAAAGAGAUUAGUUAUGAUGACGUUUUGAAGAAGACAACGAUAGAGACAGAGGUGACAAAGGAAACUUCCAGAGAUGUUGCUUUGAAAAAUGAAGAAAGAAUACAAGAAGCGACGCAAGAAGAUUCCCGAAUUGUUGACGAGACCCAAGAUAAGGACGGAAGAGCCAAAGAAACGAGUGAGAAAACGCAAGGCAAGUUAGAUACUUCCGAGGUCGUAACACCGAGCGACGAAAAGCAAAAAAGCGAGGACAAAAUACCAGAUAAAUCAUCCUGUUUGAGUAUCGAACCUGAUGCUACUGAAGAUUUCGACAGGAAGGACAGUCCUAAAAAUGAAGUAAAAACCGCUAAGAAAUCUGUUUCGGAUCAGAAAGACCUUCCUCAAGAAUCUAUUGCAGUGGAGCAUACCAUGAAUGCGGGCGAAAAAUCUAUUUCCGAAGAUUCGAAACAAGAGGAGAACAGAGAAACUGCCAUAAAAAAGACUUCAUCGGAUGAUGAGAAAUCAAAGACAUCGAAACAAUCAGAGGUACAAAAAACUACGAGUGAUUCAAAAGAUAAAACUGCAGAUUUAAUUGGUGAGGAAGAAGGCGAGACAAAACAGGUAGAGAAAAUAGUCACUAAAAAAAGUUCUGAAUCGACCGAAUCAAAGGAGAAUGAAGAUUUGAAAUACGAUGAAAAAUCUAUGGGGAUAUCAUCAAUGGACUCAGUAAAUGUAGAGAAAAGUCUUUCUCCAGGAAGAACGCCUCAGGAUAAGAAAUCGGAGAAUGUUAAGGGAUCAGACGCCAGAGAAGGACCAGAGAUUGAAACAAGGGGUAAAGAUUCUCGUUACGUCGAUGAUAGUUCCUCAAGUUCUCCAAAAUCCUUGAAGCCGGUAAAAACGAGACGCUCGAGACCGUCCACGGGAAGGAACACGAGGACAGGAAGGUCUUCCUCGAGUACAUUAAUGAAGAAACAUCUGUUUGAAAGUUCGGAAGAGUGCUCGCCGGACCAGCGUGCGAUAGUCGCAGUGAUAGAUAGUCCAGAAUGGGACGAGGACGAGGCUGUUGAACGGGAAAUCAGACGAGCGCUCGGAGAGGAUACACUGGAGCGCGAUACUGAGCACGAGGAAGACAACGAAAUUGGUGUUAUGCGAGUUUUGCCAAGUACGAGCGAGGAAGAGACUCCUAGCACGACUUUAGGCGUAUCUAGAACCGCCAGGAUUGACUCUUUGCCUCAGGUGCAAUCGACCACUAGUAGCCGGUUAGUUACGAUCGAGAAUUCGGAUCAGAACGUCCAUCGAGAACGAUUCUGGCGGAAACAACGUCGCGACAGCGGAGGUAGAGACAGCGGGAUAGAACCGAGUCCGAGAGUGUCGAGAAUUCCACGGAGACGAAACGCAAGAUGCUGCCCAAACACGGCGAAACAGCAAGCUCUCAACAUGGAAACCAUCACGAGAGACGUGCAAAUUAGUCUGCGUCGUUAUUACCUGGAAAGGAAGAUCUUUUUCCAACUAAUGGAACUGAAGAGGUUGCAGAUUCGUCAUGGUAGAGCGAACGAGCAUGUUCUGGUGAAGAGGCAGGUGGAAGCUUUCAACAGAUCAGGCAUGUCUGGACCCACUCUUGGCGUCGCAAAAUACGAUCAGCCGUUAACGUUCAGACAAUUCGAAGCAUUCCUGUACGAACAACUGAGAAGAUUACAGGGAAGACCGACCACGCCGGAUUUUUGCACUGAAGCUAAGCAAUGCACGCAAAAGACUCAUCGUUGCCAUCACGCGACCAGCGCUUACACCUCUAUUCCAGUGUACACGUAUCUAGGUGGAGACGUCCCAGAACGAGCGGAACAUCUUCCGAAGAUAGAAAGUCGCGGCAGAGGGCACAUGACGGUAGAAGUGACGCAUGGAGAGGAAAAACAGGUGAUCGCUCUUCCGACUGAGAAAUUAGAUCGUACCAAAAAAUAUUUCGUUACGUUCACCGUAAGGGGCGAAACUCAAGACGACGAGAAAUCCAAAUCAUCCUGCACAAGAAGAAAUGCAAAAAGCGUAUAAACAUUUUAAAUAUCACUCUUCUCUUAAUAUGACGAUUAAUAAAUAAUAACUUGCGAAAAAAACAUAAAAAAUGUAUAAACGUUUAAAAAAAUAGAUAUAUGUCGAGAAUUGAUUUUUGGGUGCAUAUAGAAAAAGAAAUAUGCUUUUAAAAGCAGAGAACUUUUUAUGUUUCUCUACUCUAUAAACAAAUAUAGAGAAUAAUUGCUAUUUGUGAAUAAUUUUUCUUUCGUAAAAGUUUUCUAUUUUAGAUAUUGUCCACUAUAAAAAAAACUUUGAUCUAUAUAUAUAUAUAUAUUCUUUAAAUCCAAUAAUUCUUCCUAGGCAAAUUUGCUUGACGCACAAAAAUAAUAUAUGAAAAUCUCGAAACUGCCAGACAGAAUAAAAAUUUGUCAAUAAUAAAAAAUAAAAAAUAAAUUUUUCACUAAUUGUG